AUGGGAAGCCAUUGUCAUGGAUGUAAGUUAUGGGUGGUGUUUUUGGUGUUGGUGAUGAUGAAGGGAGCAACGGCGGCCGGAGGGCUGGCUGCUAACUGGGGGACUCAGUCGACGCACCCGUUGCCGGCGAACAUAGUGGUGAAGCUUCUGAAGGAGAAUGGGUUCGACAAGGUGAAGUUGUUCGAGGCAGACCCGCCGGCGUUGAAGGCGUUGGGGAACUCUGGCAUCCAGGUCAUGGUUGGGAUCCCAAACGAGCUUCUCGGGCCACUUUCCUCCUCGGUUCAGGCGGCGAUUGAUUGGGUUCAGCAGAACGUGUCCAACUACAUCUCACAAAUGGGUGUCAACAUAAGGCACGUGGCUGUGGGUAAUGAGCCAUUUCUCAAGACCUACAACGACAAAUUCGUACAUACAACAUUCCCAGCUCUUAAGAACAUCCAAGCUGCUUUGAUAAAGGCAGGGUUAGGGAGGCAAGUUAAGGUCACAAUUCCACUCAAUGCUGAUGUCUACCAGAGUGACAACGGUCUUCCUUCUGGCGGCAGCUUCCGACCAGAUAUCCAUGACCUUAUGGUCUCCAUCAUUAAGUUCCUUAGUGAAAGCAAUUCACCCCUUACCUUCAACAUCUACCCUUUCCUGAGCUUGUAUGCUGACUCCCACUUCCCCAAGGAGUAUGCCUACUUUGAUGGCAAUGCUGCCCCUCUCGUCGAUGGAUCCAUCUCCUACACGAACGUCUUCGAUGCCAAUUUCGACACCCUCGUCGCAGCUCUUGACAAGAUCGGUUUCUCCUCUAUGCCUGUCAUUGUUGGUGAGGUAGGUUGGCCCACCGACGGUGACUUGAAUGCCAACGUGGACAACGCCAAGAGAUUCAAUCAAGGGCUUGUCGAUAGGAUACUCCAAGGUCGUGGCACCCCAAGGCGCUCCACCCCUCCAGAUGUCUACAUAUUCUCCUUGAUUGACGAAGAUGCUAAGAGCAUCGAUCCGGGAAACUUUGAGAGGCAUUGGGGGGUCUUCAACUUCGAUGGUGCCCUCAAGUACCAACUCAAUUUGGGGAGUGGUAGAGGUCUGGUCCCUGCCAAAGGUGUGAGGUACUUGACGCGACAAUGGUGUGUCUUGUCCCCUCAAGCAAGCUUGGACGACCCUGCUUUGGCUAGCAGCGUGAGCUACGCUUGUAGUUACUCUGAUUGCACUAGCUUGGGGUCUGGAUCUUCUUGUGGUGUAUUGGAUGCUAGGGGCAAUGCAUCUUAUGCUUUCAACAUGUACUUUCAAACAAUGAACCAGAGGAAAGGUACAUGUUCGUUUAGCAACAACCUCUCUAUGAUUACCACUCUUGAUCCAUCUGCUGGUGCUUGUCGGUUCAAGGUCAUGAUUGAUAUUGGGAAGCAUCAACUGCCUCCUGCACGUUCUUCAUCGACGGGAAGAAAACUCAAGUUUGUACUCAGUGUCACUGCGAUCGUCAUGCUCCUAGUUUCUGGAGCCUAGUAAAGAUGGAGAACCAAAUUUUUCAGCGAGGCAUCAAAUUGUGUUGUAAAUUUCGCAAUUCCGUAAAGAUAAUAAAUUUGUAAUAGAUGUUGAAGUAAGCAUAUUGCAAAUAAUCUACAUCCAUCUCUUUCCAUGCUCACCCCCAACAACAACUUCCCCUGCUAUAAGAUCAGUCUCUUAUAUCGAUGAGCAAGUUAGUAGACUGAGACAACCAUCGGAAGUUGCAUCUAUAUGCACUUUGUAGGAGGAAGUGAAUUACAUUAUCUUGAAAUUACACACAACUGAAUAUUGUAUACAUAUUACUCGUUAACUACAAGAAAUAUUGAAAGAC